CGUGGUGGCUCAGUGGUUAAGACGUUGGACUUCUGAUCGGAAGGUUGAGAGUUCAAAUUCCAGCACCACCACGCUGCCUCUGCUGGGCCCUUGAGCAAGGCCCUCAACUGCUCAGUUGUAUAAAUCAGAUAAUUGUAAGCCGCUCUGGAUAAGGGCGUCUGCCAAAUGCCGUAAAUGUAAAUGUGUAUAGUUGCAAAGGCCAUAUCCUUGGUCAUUUCUGAAAAGAAAAAAAGUCAGUAGAUGUUUCCAAAAAACUGGAAAUCAAUUAUUUUGUUAGAAUAAUUUCAGCCUCCAGUAAAGCAUACUACAGUGUAAACCCAUAUGAGGAUGGGUUCUCUGUUGAGUCUGGUUCCUCUCAAGGUUUCUUCCUAUCACCAUCUCAGGGAGUUUUUCCUUGCCACCGUCGCCCUGCUUGCUCAUCAGAGACGGCACACACACACACUUCACUUUACUUUUGUUUGUGUAAAGCUGCUUUGAGACAAUGACCUUUGUAAAAAAGCGCUAUACAAAUAAAAAUGAAUUGAAUUGAAAAAUUGAAUUUAAAGCAAGUCAGAUCAUUUGACUCAGCUCACCAAUAAGAGUCACCUCUUUUGACUCUCAAAUGACACAUUAUUGCCAUUUUGAUGUCUCACCAUUCAUGCUAACAACCAGCGCUGAAGCUUUCAGUGGAAAACUAAUUGUGAAAAGGCCAAAGUCUUUAUGACUAAUUAUGUACUUCGGGCACACCACAUAUUUAUGUUCUACAGUUAACACCAGCACUGUCUGAGUCUUUUAUCUAUAUGUUUAAUCAAUUAAAGAUGCACAAAGAUGUAGCUUUCCUUAUUUAAAUGCUAUUCUGUACCUUUUCAUUUAUUGGGCUUAAUCUGUAAACUCCAGGUGUUCAAAAACCUUCGACUGGCAGUGUAUGUAAAAUGGCACACAUCCAGUUUCAGUAUUGAUAGAACUAUAAUAAAGGCCGUUUAUACAAUGUUAAACAUUCAUUUCCACUGAAAUAUUUCUCUGAGAAUUCCUGUAAAUUCCCUUUACAGCCAUAAUGUAGUGCAAUUUCUGGUAAAUACCCCUUCAUCUCUGCUUUCCAGUGCACUAAUGGAGCAGUGGUGAGUAGACCAUUAACACUCACAAUACCACUGUAUGGCUCCCUCAGUGUGUACACAGCAUUAUUCUACAAGGGACGGGAAAAGUUCACCUUCAUUAGUUACUAAUUAAAGGUCGGGAAGUCUCAGGCUGUGUUUUACCACCAUUUGGGCUCAAAGACACACAAUGUUGUGUGUACAUAUUACUCCAUCUCACCAAUAGGUGGAAGUAUGUCUUAUAAUUUUCAGAAGCACAGGGAUUUUCCCAGGUGAGAUCAGAGAUGGAAAAAAAAAAAUCAAAGUUAAUUCAUCUGAGCAAAAACAGUGUGUCCUUUAUGCAUGUGUAACCAUACACUCUAAGAAGUAAAGCCACCAAACUGUACUUUCUGUUCUUUGUUGCCGGUUGGUACCAUCAAGGAAAUACCUGGGAAGGUGAAUGUGUUGGACCUUUAAUUAGCUUUUAGAGUAAAGCUCCACAUGUACAGUGGUCCAGUUCAGUUCAGUUUUUAUAGGUAUAAAAGAUACAUACUACAAAAGAUGGACAAGGGAAAGUACAGUUUGGUAUCUUUAUUUCUGAUAGUGUAGAUAAUUUCUGAAAUGACUCUCUCCUGCCUCAAAAAUAAAGAUACAGACAAACCACAUAGACCUGCAUUAUCCCAUCACUACUGCCUGCAGGCCUUGUUUGCCUGCCUUUAUGCAAACCAGUGACAGAAGAAAAGGGGAGCCGUUUGCUGAAAAAACUACCGGUAUGUCUGUGGACGCUCUUGGGGUGUCUCAGCGGCGUUUAGCGAGACUGCCUGAAACCUCAGACUCCUCUCAGGGGCAGCGCAAGCCGAGUGCUGUGGAGCGCCUGGAGGCUGACAAGGCAAAGUAUGUUAAGAGCCAGCAAGUGGCACUCAACAAGCAGCUGCCAAUCAUCCGAAAGCCCUUAAUGCCAUCCAGCAACAACGAGCAGCUACGGCCAGGUGCACCACAACCAACACGCAAAGUGGCUGCUCGCUCUGCAUCUAAACCUGAGGCCCCGCCUCUUAACCUAGAACAUCUGAAUAGCCUGAUUAAUGGCGUCUGUGAUACACUUGCACCAUCCAAUAGUUUGCAAAGGGAAAAGCCUGGAAAACGUCAAGAUUCUGCGGCAGGCAGUGCAUCUCAGCUUCCCUUCCCGACUUUGAGUGCAGUCGAAGAGUAUUUUGUCAAGUCUGGUUCAUCUCCAACACCACAAAUGAAAAUAUUAGGAGACAGUUUUGCAGCUAAUGGGUCGUCUUCUUAUGCAGUAACAGUACGGCGAGUUGAUGUGAGGCCUCAGUUAGCGAUACCGCAGAUGAGAAAGCCAUGCCGAGCACAGCUCCCUGGGCAGCGCGUCCACUCGCAACUUUUGCAGCUGCUCAGGCCGUACACUCAGGGUUCCCCUCCACCACAGCCUCUUCAGCCGAUCAAAAGUAGGCAUGACAUAAUAAACAUCUCCAAUCCCGUGAAAUCCCCUGUAAGCCCAGUUCAGACUUCACCGUUCUCUGCCGAACCCCUAACUCCUGCCUUAACUUCCCCUGAUAAGUCUCCAAAAGAACUAAAUAAACAAGUGUCUCCCACCUCAGCCCAAGAACCCCUCCCACCUCCAUCUCCUGCUGUCACCCACAAGUCCUCAGUCAGCUCCAGGAAACGACGGUCACUAACACGUUCCAAAUCGGAUGUGAGUGACCGUUUCUCCCGUGCUGGUGCCGAAGUUGAGCGUUUCUUUAACUACUGUGGCCUUGAACCAUCACACUUUGAAGAGCUGACACCUUGUUCGGACAUUGCAUCCAUCUCACGCCUGCGUAGUGCGAGCGCUCCUGCGUCAGAGUGCACAGCUGAUGAGGAGGGAGAUGAAGAGGACGAGGAAGCAGCCAAAGAUGAGAAGCCCAGCUAUGGUGUUUCAGUCAUAGAAAGAAAUGCGCGAGUGAUCAAGUGGUUGUAUGGAAUGCGCCAAACCAAGGACAGCACAAAAGUGGCUAACAUUUAGCUUGGAUGAUCAAGGUGACCCGAGGUUGUGCCUGUAGAGUAAAAGGUUGGGUAUGUGGUUUUUAAUUCAGAACACUUCAGGUAAUAUUUGGUGAGAUUCUUUUCACAUUCCAACAUCUCUGGUCUCUGUGACAUCUGUAAACCAGCUAAAAAGCAAAUGAUGUCGACCACCAAUAUCCAACCAAUCAGAACAAGGAGGCGUCUCUUCUUGCCUGUCUAUCAUGUUGCCUGUCAUUGUUCUGGGACUGUGGCUGAAGGGAGGGUCUGAAGGGAGGGUCUGUACUUGUUUGGUUUUUAGGUUUCAAAACAGCUAGCUGUAGGUAACUUUUGCUAAAACCACUGACUACACCUUUAAUAUCAGGUGCCUUGUAGUUUCUAUUACAUGUUUCUAUUACGUUAUCACAGUCUAUAGUCAGGACUGUGGAAAAAGGCUAGAGCACUAUCAGGAUCAAGAUACCUGCUGUGUCUGCUGCUGUGGAAGUAAGUGAAUAUUAAACAUAGUCAAUUAUUGAUUUAUAUAAAUGUGUGUGUGUGAUUUUUUUUGUGUGUAUUAUUCCCUUCAAUAUGAGAAUUAUGAUCCUGUAAUGUAUAAACACCAAAAGUAUAUUUUUUUUCCCAUUCAAGUGUUCACAUUAUCUGUGGUUAACAUAGUUUGGAUUAGUGUGCCUGGUUCUGGUCAAUAAUAUUUUCAAAUAAUCUGUCCUCUGACCUGAGUAGAUCUUCACAUACAGAUGCACAGAUUAUCCAUGUUGACUUAUGGAUUGUCAUGAUGAAUGUAAAUAAAAUGAAACAAAUAUUGGUUGAAAA